CAUAAACAUUGGGAGCGAUAAAGACUAAAACAAGGAAGUGCUACUCGACUUUAGAAUAAUCCACAAAUAUGGCUCAAAAAUCUUUUGUUGCUGGAUUGGAAGGAUAUUUGGAGAAGAAUUUAGGCUUGAUGAAGACAAAAACAAAGUUUUGGUGUUCUCUUGAAGGACAUGUUAUGCAUUUAUUCAAGAAUAACAAAAAAGUAUACAGUAUUGAGUCAUUAAAUCUGACAGAUGCACAGACCGUACGGAAAGUGACCAGUGACAAGUCAGGCAUGCAGUUUGAAAUUAUCAUGAAGAAAAAUAAAAAACAUGUUUUUACAGCCUUGACCCCUAGUGAGUGUAGCACAUGGAUCAAAGAGCUGCAGAGUUUGAUGAUAGCACAGCCAGUGGCUGAAAUCAGCAGACUGAGUCAGUUCAGUGUGGGCGACACUGGGAACUACACCUCUCUAGAUGUUCUGGAUGACUUGGGGGCAGACAACUCUGUUAAAACUGUCUUGGACUCGACUAUCAAGCCUUCGGUAGAUUCUGAUUAUGCCGAGAUACAAGACCUACGACUUCAUCAAACAGAUACCAGCCCAGACAAAAGAGAGCAUGAAGAUAGUAAGACACAGAACCUAUGUGCUGAUCAAACACACACCAGCCCAGAUACGACAUGUAGUGACUACACUGAGAUACAAGAUGUUCGUCAUCUUCAGUCACACACCAGUGAUGCUGGUAGUAGUACACAGUCCACCAUAUCAACAGAAGAUGCUGCAAGCGUGGACACUCGGCACUUGCAGACCAUUGAUCCCAGUUCACAAUAUGCCUUCACUGAAGAGGUUUACACUGACGCAGCAACAAAGAGGUUGGAUGGGGAGGUCGAUCAGCAACACAAUGAUGUGUAUGCUAUUGUUAGCAAGAAGGCUAAGGAAUGCACGGAUGUUGAGGAAGUCGUGGACAAGGUUCUAGAUGUGUUUGAGGACCUCAGUUUCACAAAACCCAUACCGCUAAUUCCACUCGAAAAGGAGGACUACAAGCCGCUCCGUGAUUUGAAAGAAUUUCUAGACAAUAACAAAGUCGUGUGCCGAUAUUCGUCUGGCAUUCUGCUCCCCAAUGAGGAUCCCAUUGAACGGAUGAAAGAGAUUUUGGAAGAUGUGGGUUAAUUUCUUACAUUAUAUCACUGUAUAAUUAAAUGUAAAUUAAAGUUGAAUUUGGUGAAUUUAUUUCAUUAUUAUAUCGCUAAAAAUCUCAGUCAAUUCUUUUUUUGCUAUUUGUAGAUUUACUGCCAAUUUUGGUUGUUUGACUAACUGAUAUUUGAAUUUGGUUGUGGGUUUUCUGACCAAAGUCGAUUAAAGAGUUCCUCAUGCAUUGAUCUUGGCUGUUGGUAGAUGUGCUUCCUGUAAAAGAUCACUGGUAUGUGAUGGAAUCAGACAUCUUUAAUUGUACAUACAUACAUCUAUCUAUCUAAAAAAAUUAAAUGCUAUUUUUGGUAUGGUAUUGGUGAAAUAGUAAUUCACCUGCUUGGUAUGAAAAAUGGACUGCUUUUAGAUUUUCGCAGGCUGCUUGUUUUUAUAGCUCUGCAAAUGGUUCCAUGACAUAAUUUUCACUAACAACAGACAUGUUUAUCUUGAGUCACUGAUAUCUAAAGCCAUUUGCUUGUUCUCUUCAACAUUGAUAUACUGAUGUUUGACUGUAAUAUGUUUUGAUGGUAUGGUAUGCAGAGUAGUCUGUUUGUAUUUCGCUUGUUUGUUGACCUGGCAUAUUUAGUUCUGUAAUCAGUAUACCAAAGUUUUGCUUCUAAACUUUUUUAUGCCAUGAAACAUCCACUUUGGGAAAUUAAGCACAUUUUUACCUAAAAAUAUAAAUUUGUAAUUUUAACAUCCAAAUCUUGACAUGGAAAUACAUAAAAACAAAACUGAGAAUGUUUACGAUCCAUUGGUGAAGUGUUAAAUGAAGAUUGUGGCUAUCUUCUGUUUUGACUUGAGGAACUGUGCUAGUACUAUAUAUAUAUAUAGUGAAACUCCUCUAAACUGGAGUAUAAAGUCUGGUUUUAAUGAACAUCUAUUGCAAGAGGUUCUGUUUUGUACAUCUGUUAAAAAGGGGCCAUGAAACACAUCCAGUUUUGAGGUAAGUCCGUUUUACUAAAGAUCCAGUUUAGAGAGUUUUCACUGUACAUUAUAGUAUUAACAGUUUAGCAAGACGGCAGAGAAAUGCCUGUGUGUUCAUUAAGGCCGCAAUAUGAAGGAUAUAUGUGUUUUAAUUACCAUUUAAAAUACACUAACAUUAAUUUUCAUAUUCCCACUGGCUUGGAUGCCAUUAUUUGAUAUAGUUUUAGUAUACUUGCUAAUCUAGGUCACAAGGCGGUUGUGUCACAAAGUAUUACACACGUGUACGUGUACCAUAUGUUGUAUGAAGACAAUCCACAAUAACCAUAUUGAUAACACAAGUUUACCAGAACUGUAGUCGUGUUUGUAUUGUGCAUUAGUCAGUGAUGUUCUAACAUGGUGAGACGAAAUUUCAGCUCUAAAGUUAAAUUACUAUGAAUGGGACUGGUUUUCAUGUGUGUAUAUAUUUGGAUUUGCUCUAUUCUUGAAUCAAUACAUCUAUAUUGGUUAUUAACAGAGUAUUGUUCUGGCGUACCGUAAUUAAUCAAAUCACACAAUUUAAAGUAGUUUUUUUUUUAAAUAGUAAUAUUUUGAAAAUUUAAUUAUUAUUAUUACAUUCAUCUACAUAAGUUUUUAACAAAUAUAAUUUGUACAAGUUUUUAUUUUAAA